CACAUGGGUUGGGGUCGAGAAUGGAGAAUUUCAACCCAGGCACAGCUUCAAUGGCCCUCCCAAAAAUCAUCGACCAAGAAGAUCUCCGGCGACAAACGGUCAUUUCCGGUGAAUUCCAUCACCGAAGAUUUAUAACGAUCGAAUUCAAAGAUUGAAACUUGAUGAAGUCCUGCUCGCAGGUUCUACAGAAGAUCAUAAAGAAAGGAUUCCUAUCUUCUGAUCUCCAUGUUCCCAUCAACCCUAAUCCUAAUCAAGAAAGGAUUCAUUUGAUUCCCAUUAAUCACCUCAAUCCCAUGAUCCCACUCUCAAUACUCCUCUUUUUUCAUCAAAAACCCUGAUAUUCGCAUCAUCAAUUAUGAUCAUCAACUCCUCUCCCUUCAUGAACUCCGUCCUUGUCCUUUAGGACCUUCGCGUAUUCAGUCCUGGCUUGAAUCCUUUUAAUCCCUAUUGCGUCGCUCAUCACUCUCGCUAAUUUUUCCCUUUAUACGUCUAUUACUGCUCUGAUUUCUGUUAGUUUUUCCGUUUCUCGUUUGUUUAAUAUGUAAACACGUAAAAAAGAACAAGGUUUUGUUGUCUGUUCCCUGCUGUUUCCUGCGAAAACAAAGAAUAGUCGUUUUGGGGAUUUGUAUUCUAGGGUUUUUUUAUUAGAUCGUCGUUUUUAUUUUGGGGUGUCGUUUUUGGGUGUUGGAUUGAGAAGAGAUGCUGGAGGCGCAGCCAGUGUUGUUCAGGAGACGCCCGUCGAGGAGGUGCAUGCUGAGGCUUGGCGUUGGGACCGACGAUAGAGGUUGGACUUCUCUUCAUGUUAAAGGUGAUUUCAAACUGGUGAGUUUCUUCAGUUUCAUCAAUCCCUCUUUUAUAUUGUUGUUGUUGUUGUUGCAGAAUCCUUCUUUUAACCGGCAGGCACUACUUGGCAACUUGAACAAUAACAAUGCUGCAUCCAAUAAAUUCAAUGGGGGAAUUGGCUCCAGCAGUUCAAGUAGUGAUUCCUCGUCGUCUAGUGAUUCAGAUUCAGCGUGUUCCUCAAGGAGUGAUUCUGAAGCAUGGCCAAUGUGCAGUAUUUUGCCGAAGAAAAUAAUUUGUUUCACGGCUUCUUUUGAGUGUGCAGCUUCAAUUCAUGGACUAGGUAGUGUUGCUGUGAACAUGGUUUGCUGUUUCAUAUUGGAUGGAUUUUUGUGGCAGGACAACUGCUAGAAGAGGUUUGUGGUGUGUAUUAUUAAUCACAGACUUUAAUGUCUUCCAUUGCAGCAGGCCUUACCAAAUGUUCCACCAGCAAUGCCGAUGCCGUUAAUCACGAAAGUGAGAUUUUGUCAAAUCUUAUGGUAGGAACACCAUGGAAGACAGUUGCCAAAGAAGUAGGGAACACUUUUGGCAUUGAUUCAUAAGCUUUUGUGAUUGAAAAAUUCUAAGAAAAGUGCGAUUUGAAUGGCUACCGGAAGAUUUGAAGUGGGUCCGACUCGGCGGUGUUAGUGGCGGCGGUGACGAAGGCGAUGAGAUAUUGAAUAGGGAAAAUUUUUUAUAUUAUUUGUAAAAACCAUGGAAACAAUGGAAGAAUGCCUAACAAUGGAAGAAAGCCUUGAUGAUGUCCUCAAUUCACUGGGAUCUGGGUUCGUGAUGGGCGUAACCAGAUCCCCUUUCACUUUUUCAAGUCCCUUUGCAUCUCUCAAACUCAUAUCACUGUCCGCCUCAAUGCACACCGCGUCGGAGCAAGGUUGCCGCCUGGUGUGCCUUCUAUAGUGCCUCCCAUUAUGCCUUAUAUUCUGUGUUUUAUUUCUAAAUAUUAUAAAUAAUUAAUUAUUAUUGUUAUUAUCAUUAUAUGAAAUUAUUUUAAUAUUUUCUUCUGGUAGGAGUUAGAGAGUCAGUAUCCUAUGGUUGGUGCAAUGUUGGAUGAUUAUUUGGAGAGUUUUUACUUUUUAAUCAUAGUCUGAAUGCUCCACAAUUCUCAUUGAUUUUUUGUUUGACUAAUUUUU